AUGGCUAAAGUGAACGGUACGAACGGGAUCUCGAGUGAAAUCAGAACAUCUGCCCUGGACCUCAUUGGAGAAACCCCGCUCCUCGCGUUAGAUCGUCUACAUCCUGGCCCGGGACGAAUCCUGGUCAAAUGUGAGUUCAUGAACCCUGGCGCGUCGAUCAAAUGCAGAUCCUCACUGCACAUGAUCCAAGAAGCGAGAGCGAAAGGUCUUCUCAAACCGGGUCAACCAGUACUCGAAGUGACGUCUGGUAAUCAAGGAUGUGGUCUUGCAAUCGUCUGCGCUAUUUACGGGCAUCCCUUGACCGUGACCAUGUCAAAAGGUAACAGUUUGCAGAGAGCCAUACACAUGGAAGCACUCGGCGCCAAGUGUGUGAGAGUACCACAAGUAGAGGGUACUUAUGGAAACGUUACCAUCAACGACGUCAAGGCCGCUGAAGAGGAGGGCCUCAGGAUUGCGGAAGAAACCGGCGCGUAUUAUGUUAACCAAUUUAAUAAUGACGAUAACGCGAAUUCCCACUACCUCACCACAGGUCCUGAAAUCUGGAGGCAGACCGGCCAGCAUAUCGAUGCUUUUAUUGCUACCGUGGGUACUGCUGGUACCUUCGCGGGCACAUCUAGGUAUUUGAAGGAGAAGAACCCUAAUAUCAAAUGUUUUGUUGUGGAGCCGGAAGGAUCGCAGCCGAUCAAAGGUUGCCCCAUCACGAAGCCAUUGCAUUUACUCCAAGGUUCGGGGUACGGUUGCAUUCCUAACCUGUUUAAGUUCGAAACUAUGGAUGGAACUUUAAGUGUCACUGAUGAAGAGGCUGUUCAUUAUAAGAAUCUGAUUGGAGAAAAGGAAGGUCUAUAUGUGGGUUACACGAGCGGUGCCAACGUCGCGGCAGCUGUUAAGCUGUUGAAAUCUGGUAUACUACCAGAGGAUGCUUGGGUUGUGACUCCAUUGAACGACUCUGGGCUCAAAUACACGCCGGUACCCGAAAGCCUAACGUAA